GCCCGGGACCCCCGCGCGCCCUGCCGCCGCCGCCACCAGCUCCCCACUUUUCCCGGCCGGGAGAGACCGAGCGCCGCUCUUCGCUGCGGGGCAGAUGGGCUCCAGGCGGAGGCCCCUGGGCCGCUCCUACUCGGGCAACGGCCCUUACUCGGCGUACAGCCCCGGCCAGGGCAGCGACGGCGAGGACAACGGGCCCCUGGUGGAGCAUCGGCCCGAGCGGCGCAGCUAUUUCCUGAGCGUGCGCCCCGAGAACAGCUUAUCAACCAGCCGGUUAUCUCCCUCCAGCUUUGGAAGGAGCACCUUCUGUGCGAUCAUUGCUCAGCUGACUGAGGAAACCCAGCCCCUUUUUGAAACCACUCUCAAAUCCUACGCCGUCUCCGAGAAUGCAGAUGCCAAGUUCACCUGCAUCGUGACAGGUUAUCCGCAACCGGAAGUGACCUGGUACAAAGAUGAUGAAGAGAUGGACCGAUACUGUGGCUUGCCAAAGUACGAGAUCUUUCGUCAUGGGAACCGACACACGCUGCAGUUGUACAAGUGCAGAGAGGAAGAUGCAGCCAUUUACCAAGCCUCGGCCAGAAACAACAAGGGCAUUGUGUCCUGCUCGGGGGUCUUGGAGGUGGGAACCAUGACAGAGUACAAAAUCCACCAGCGAUGGUUUGCCAAGCUCAAGCGAAACGCCGAGGCCAAGCUUCGCGAGAUCGAGCAGAGCAGGAAGCGAGGGAAGGAGAACGUGGAGCUGGAGCAGCUGAGGAGGGUGAGCCCCGACAGGUUCCAGCGGAAGCGGCGCUUGACCGGCGAAGUGGGCAUGCGAUCGGGCACCUCCCUCUGGGACAAGGAGGAGGUGGCCAAGGUGCGCAUCCCAGAUGGGAAACCACGAUUUGGAGAGGACGAGAAGAGCAAAGAGACUUCUGUGAACGCCAAGCCCCUGUUCCCAAACAACUUCAUAACAGGGCAUCUGGAAGCAGAGGUGACUACCAAUGGGGACUCUUCUCUGGAGAGCGGAGAGGAAAACGGAGACGAAAAUGCCAACAGCUUUCUUACCUAUAUCUAUGAGACGGUGGAGAUCAUCAAAGCAAAGCCUACGGCGGCCAAAGAGUUUUCCGCAAAGAAGAAGAAGAAAGAGGAGGUCACCACUGCCUUGCCAAAUGCAAGCCAGGAUGUUUCCCGAGAAGAAGAUGGGACACAACAGAGGAGUAUUAGCUCGGCGCAUGAAGAUGCCACACCUAACACCUUGGCCUACAGCACAUCACCUUUUGCAGCAAAUGGGCUGGUGGACACGGAGCCCAGAAUACCUCCGAGGCAGGUGGGGGAGAAGCCCAUUGCCCGACCCUAUUCAAUGCCCCCUAAAGCAGACGUGUACUUUUCUCUGAAAGAUAUGUAUUUUGACAUGGGGGUGAAAGCUGAGGCUGAGCAGAAGGCGCCAGAAGCCAAGGAAGGCGAGGCUGAUCGGAACCAGCCAGGUGAGGAUGCUUCCGUCCUGGGAGAGAUGCUCCCAGCAGCCCCUACGGCUUUGAAAAGGGCAAAACCAGAGGAAGGGCAAAAAGAGCCACGCGAAGAACAGAAAACAGAGGAAAAGGAGGCUGUGGAAACAAAGGAAGCCCAAACGAUGGCAGCCACGGAUGCUGGCGGGGAUGUCAAUGCAAACUUAUCCCAAUAUCCUAAUUGGACCGCAGAGCCCAUGCAAGAGGCGCAUGGUUCCCUUCGGAGGGGAAAUGUGGCAGACAUUCCUGAAACAGAUUUCCAGCAUCCUAGCCAGGCUUCAGAGACUGGCCUUGGGGUGUGGGCUCCCCUUUCGAAGGAUAUGGUUGCCGACCUCCGUGAAACGGACUUGCUGGACUCAUUCUGCCCUGAAGCAGAGCCAUCCCCCCAGCCCCAGAAGACCAUGGGGCUGGAUUCGUCUGUGCGCUUUCAGGAAGUGGCGAGAGACUUGAAGGAGGCCUCCUUGAGAGAGCAGCUGCCCGGCCAAGGGCCUUGUGAGGCUCUGCAAACCUUAACGCCAGCCUUGCCCACUGCCCGCAACCUGCAAACUCCAGAUGUGGGUCUUGGAGAAGAAACAAGCCAGGAUGCCCGCCAUUUUGCAAUAAGGGAAGGCGCCCCAAAAGAGCCAGAGACCAAACAGGCUGAGGAGCAAGAUGAUCCUAGCCGAGAGGCCCAAGGGCCAAGCACGAUGGUGCUAAGCCAGGAUGGCAGCCAGCACUUCUCAGUGACUUCCCAUAAUCCCCCAGUUCUCUCCCUUGGCACCACACAGCCCAUUGCGAAGGAACAGCGGGUGUUGAGAGAAGAUGUGAAAAGGCGUUCCCCGCGUUUUGGAAGUGACAGAACCCAAGCCGAACAAGCUCCAAGUCAUGAGAGUAAAAAUCUGGCUGCUCCCAGGUCAUUGGUUGAGGAAUCCAGUCUUGAGCCUAGAUCUACAGUCAUCUUGGAGCGAUAUGCCCCUCAAAUUGACACGGUGAGCAAAGAAAAGCAAGAAGAAGCCUUUGAGGUCCAGGGAGAUAAGAGGUCUAGGCUAAACAGGGAUUUAGGGCUUCAGGGCGAGAGGCCUCCCGCAGUGACAGCAAGGCCAUUAAUGGUCCCAGAAGUUGCUGUAGAAGCCCCGGUUUCCCAUCAAAGUAUUUCGGAGGAACCUCAUCCGGUUCCUACAGUAGCAAUGCCUCUGGCAUUCCAAAAAUCUGCUCCACUUUCUCCGGGUGAAGAAGGAUCAGCUGAGAAGCAGCAGUCCGUGGCCCAUUUGCUGAGGGAUGUGAAGAGAGAAAUAGAAACCUGGCAGCCAUCAAAGGUGGCAGCCUCAGAAUCGGAGCAACGGCAGGUGGGCAAGACGGAAGUUCGUGCCCAAGAAGAGCCCCCAACUCCACUGAGGGGUGAGGAAAAUGAGAAGGAAUCGUUUGGCCUGGGGAGGAAGAUGGACAUCAGAACUAAGGAAAGGGAGAGAACAGUCUCUGAGGCACCUGCAAUACAGGACUCAGGCCAAACAGAGACCGCGAUGGAGGAGGAUCAAACCGCAGAUAAGGCACAGAACACAAACCUAGUGUCUUCCCUGAAAAAUUACUUGCUUCUGCUCUUAAAGAUGACCACGGAGGCCGACAAAAGCAAGGGCAGCAAGAAGCAAGAUGUCAAGGCUUUGGAAGAAAGGACCCCGCCGACUGCCAUUCCCAAGCACUUGCCGGAUGUGGGCAUAGCUGGCUUGACUCCCAGGACAUCGCGGAAGAUCUUUGAGCGGGUAGAAACCAACCAGCUCUUCCAAAGCGCAGAGAAUCUGCAGUUGACUCCCAAGACUUCCCGGAGGAUCACAGGGAUGAUCAACCAAGAGCUGCUUGCUUGCAAAGAGAGCUUGGUGGCUGAACCGGAGGCCGCCCCAUUGCCCUGCGUGCCGUCGAUUGUGGUGGGGAGCGUCUCCAGCGAGCCGGCAGGGCCCCCAGAUACAUCUCUGGAGGUUUCCGGCGAGGCACCGUCGGCACUGCCGAGCGCCACGCCUCAGGAACUGGCAUCUGGGGCACGUCGCAAAAUAUACCUCACCAAAGCCAAACAGGCCGACGAGAUGGAAGGGGCGUCCCCAGAUGGGCAGCCACGGGCAAAAAGGGGCAGCCCCACUGUGUCCCCACAGCAGGGCCGCAAGAACGCAGCACUUUUGCAAAGCCCCGCCCCGGCUUCUCCUCCCGUGGAGAAGCGCUCCCCUACCACGGCUAGGAAGAUGGCAACCUUAGAAGUGCCCAAGAUCUAUGAAGAAAUAGCAGAAGAAAACAAGAGUGUGGAAGGCAGCUCCACGCGAGCUCCAGAGAAGUUGGAAGAGACCACGGCCGAAGCACAAGUGGGCGAAUCCCGGAAAGCAAAUGACCCAUUUAAAGCUCCCCAGGUGAUUCGCAAAAUCCGAGCUGAGCAGUUUUCGGAUGCCUCUGGAAAUCUGAAGCUCUGGUGCCAGUUCUUCAACAUUUUGGGUGACUCUAAGCUGACCUGGUAUAAGGAUGAGGUUCCUGUGACGGAUGCCAAAAGGAGCUCUGGAGAUGAAGGGCAAGCGGCCCUGGCCAUUGUGCAGGUCUCCCUCAAGGACUGCGGGGUUUACCAGUGCACCAUCCAGAACGAGUAUGGCACGGACUCCACAGACUUCCUGCUGAGUGCUGAAGUGCUGUCGGGAUUUAUCUCCAAGGAAGAAAUAGAAGUUGGUGAAGAAAUUGAGAUGACGCCCAUGGUGUUUGCCAAAGGCCUGGCUGACUCCGGCUUCUGGGGGGACAAACUUUUUGGCCGGAUCAUGAUGGAGGACCUGGAGGUGGGCCAAGGUUACCUGCGCAAGGCAUGUCGCGCCCGUGCCAUCUACGGCCUCGAGCCGGUGUUUGAGUCUGGGCACACAGGCAUCAUCAAGGUCCGCAACCUCAUCGCUUUUGGUGGGCGCAGUGAGAACACGCUGGUGGAGAGGAACUAUGACAUCACCAUCCAGGAAUGCAAGAUCCAGAAUUCGAGUCGGGAAUACUGCAAGAUCUUUGCUGCCGAGGCCAAAGCCAUCCCUGCCUUUGGUCCGGUGCCUGAAAUCAUCCCUCUGUACCUGAUCUACCGCCCGGCGAACAAUAUUCCCUAUGCCACCAUGGAGGAGGACCUGCCCGGCCAGUUCGAGUGCUACUGUGGGCGAAGAAAUGGCGGCCUGGCUCCAGCCAGCCUCUCCGAGGUUGGGCAAAAGUGUUGCGCCUUCCAGCACUGGCUGUACCAGUGGACAAAUGGCAACAUCCUGGUGACAGACUUGGAAGGUGUUGAGUGGAAGGUCACCAAUGUCAAGAUUGCUACCAAAACAAAGGGGUACCAAGGCCUCAAGGAGAGCUGCUCCCCCAGCCUGAUCGACCACUUUGAGGCGUCUCACCAGUGUAACCACUUCUGCCAUCUCCUGGGCCUGAAGAGCAUUGAAAUCCCGCAGCCUCCGCCUAAAGGCAAGGGCUCUCGGAGCCCCAUAAUGGGCAGGAAGACCUCGUCAGCCCAGUCCAGCCCCCAACUACAGAAGAAAGGCCUGGCUAGCCCCCAGGCCUCCAGGAAAGGUUCUGUGAGCCCCAAGAGCGCCCGGAAAUCCCCUGAAAACGCGGGAGAGUUGCAGUCGGUAGCAAGGCCCAAAGGAGAGGACAGUGGCAAGGCCAGCUGGCUGCAGUGAACAGGCGCGGGGCCCUCUGCAGAAGUGCGCUGUGUGUGCCUGGGGGAAGGGGUGCUGCUCCUCCCUGCCGUACCCGCCUGCGUGGCUCCUCCCCUCCAGUGUGUGCGGCUUAUGGUGUGUGAGGAAGGGAGCCACGCUGAUGCGCCUUGGAGAGAGGGCCCUGCCUGCACACCGCCCUGGGGGGUGGGGGCUUGGGAAGGGCUUGGGAAAAGGACGGACUGUGUGGAUGCACAAUGCCACCAGCGCUGUGUGGGACUCGGAGCCCCACGCACCCCUUGUGUGCUUUUGCGGCAUCUCAGCUGUGUGCGCUAGAUGUCCUGUGGACAUGGGCUGCUCCUCUGGGUCCCAUAAGGAUGCAGCCAAAAGCAGGGGCUAAACUCCUUGGGCGUGGAGCCCUGGCAGGAAUGGCGGCUGGGCCCUGUCUUCUGUUGGCUCCAGGGAGGGCCCUGCCGAUUUGACUCCCAACACCCAGCACUUCCCCACAGAAGAGCCGUCGCUCGCUGCUUUCCCCAUGAUUGUCUGGGCCCAUCACCACAGCAAGCCAUUUGACACGCAGUCUGGCCAGGCCGCCCACCCUAUUGAUCUCCCAUGUGGUGGAAAAGAGAGGAUGGAUUCUUUUCUUUCCCUGUGGGUGGAAGAAGCAGCUUUCUUGACGGGGCUGUGUCUGAGGAGGGUAUGGUUCUGUCUUCCUGGGCCUGCACUUAGGGCAAUAAAAUGUCAAGUGGUUUCAUGUGUUUAGAAGAGAGAUGGGGGGUUUCUUAGGCUUCACUGAGGUAUAGAUCAGGUCUGAGGCAGCCAGCUCCCUUCAUUCCUGACCACUGGCCAUGUCAGUCGGGGCUGAUGGGAAUUGGAGUCUGACAACACCUGGAAGGCCCAGACUCUCAGCCCCCAGAUUUGACUCUUCUUGCUGCUUUCUUUCCAUUAGUGCCUCAUUGUGCAGCAUGUACAUUGUGUGCAGAAGGUCCCAGGUUCUUUCCCCGUGGUCGCCAGGUUCAGCAGAUCUGAUCCUCUUGAAACUGCUGCCAAUCACAGUGCUGGGCCCCAUGGAUGAUGCCAUUUCAGAUGUCUGUAAGCUGCUACUGUCCUCAAAUAGCAACACCCCCCCCCUCUGUCAUUGUGCUGCAUUCUGCUGUUUGGCUACUCCUGACAAUGUAGUUGGGUUUCAUCUGCCAUCAUCCCUGAUCACUGACCAUGUUGUUAUGUUCUAAGAUGGAAGAAGUGUGACCUUCUAAUCUAGGUGCAGGGAACUUGUGCCCCUUGAGAUGUUGGGCUACAACUCCCCUGCUGCCUGGGUCUGAUGAGAGUUGGAGUCCAGUAACAUCAGGAGGUCACUAGUUUUCUACCUCUGGCCUAGUCAGAUAGAAAUGGCUCUUCCUUAACAAGGAACCUGCUUUCUGUUGAAAUAUUCGGUGGCACUUCUUCUCUUUUCUUCUCGUACUGUGCAACUGUUUUUUCUGAGCUUCCUCAAAAUCCAACAAGUGAGAUGUUGGUGGAGGGGCAAUUCAGAGAGGACACCUUGGAGCAGUAAACCGAAAGCAUUUAGGAAGACAUUCGGAACAUAGAUGCCACAGACUAACCUCUCACCAUUGACUCUGAUCCAUUGACGUCUGAUGCGGGUCUCUUUAUUCCUGCUACUAAAUGAUACCUUUCCUUACCCUUCCUAGGAAUAAGCCUAGACUGAGACCUACUUUAGGGGCAAGGAAGAUUCUGCAGGGUGAUACAAAAGAGUUGGUGGUGGUUCUGGCAGGGAGGGUUUCCUUUGCAGGUGCAGCGCAUGGUGCGUUUCCAGAAUUUUGCUAAGGAUUUUGCGCAAUAAGUAAGUGUCAAUAAUGCUUGUUGGUUGUAGAAGCAAAAGAACAGUGUUAGUUCAAGCUGUGGAGAAGACUCCAGCCUGUUGGGUCAUGGAGCAAGAGUAUAGAAUUUUGUUUUGCAGCUCAUCAAAAUGUCUGUUGAAGCUGGGAUCUUGGCAGCAACGGGCCAAAUCCUGGCUACAAGGCGGCCUCUUUUGCAGGAACUACCUUGUAAGACUUCUUGCCUUGACACAGCUUAAAGUUGAUUCUCUGGAGAGAUGGACUGGAUGGGAAGUUCUAGGUUUGUGGCCCAAUACUUGCUGAUGGAAUAUAAAGAGAGCAGGAAAGUACUUCACUCAUGAAAGCAACUGAGAGCUGUCUGUUGAAUUUCUGGGUAUGCACAUGUACGUCCUUUUCCAAGCUUUUUGUAAAACUAUGGAAACUAAACCUGAGAGCAUCAAUCUUCCCUACAAAAACAUGGGAGGCAUGCUAGUUUAUUUUUAAAGGUCUAACUGGCGGCUGAUGCCUGUUUACUCAGAAGUUAGUCCCAUUGAAUUUUGUGGUUCUUACUGCUGGGGAGUGUUCAUAGGAUUGCUGCAAUUCCUCUACCCAUUUCACCUGAGAGCAAGCUCUUUUGAAUUCAAGGGAACCUGCUUCUGAGAUGAGACACUUAGGAUGACACUAUAAGUCACUAAGGGAAGGGGAGACUCAAGUUAGUUUGUAGAAACCAAAGCACAAAAAGCCAUGAAAAUAGUGACAUCCUCUUUCUGCUUGACUGAAGAGCAGCAAAUACUUCUUGGCUGAACAGUCUGUCCAAAAUUGCUGGGAAAUCUUGUGAAUGUCUUGCCACCCAACUCUCCCUGCCUGUCCAGCUUUUCUUACAUCACAAAACAGAAAAGCAGGCAGCAGCUCUUGCACUGGACAUGCCAGAAAAUAGCCUCUUGCUUCCAUUGGACGUGACUGUGGGCAAUGUGACCUGAAAAUUCACUGGGAUUUUUCAAUGAAUCUUUAGAGAAGGGCCAACACCUUCCCCUAUUGCUCUUACAUUUGACGCUGAUAUUUUUGCCCUUGCUAGCCAAGAUCUGCAUUGCAAUUUGACACACACAAUCAGACCAGUACACUUCCUAUAAA